GGGAACAACGUGGAUUCCGUGCAGUUCACCGGUGUAGUUACAGUGUAAUGUGUGGCCAGAGUCUUGUUGACUUUCUACAAUGCAGAUAUCUAGCGUGAAUGAUGUGAAGAUUUACAAUUUAAGCCAUGGGAAGUCUCUUCCAGAGUGGCUGUCAGACCGAAAGAAGAGACAGUUACAAAAGAAAGAUGUUGACAUCCAGCGCAGGAUUGAGCUCAUCCAGGACUUUGAGAUGCCCACAGUGUGCACCUCUAUCAAAGUGUCGAGGGAUGGUCAGUUCAUCCUGGCGGCAGGCACUUACAAACCCAGGAUUCGCUGCUAUGACACCUACCAGUUAUCCCUGAAGUUUGAGCGCUGUCUGGAUUCAGAUAUUGUGGCUUUUGACAUCCUAUCUGAUGACUAUUCAAAGUUAGUGUUUUUGCACUGUGACCGCUACGUCGAGUUCCACUCUCAGCACGGACACUACUACAAGACUCGUAUUCCCAAGUUUGGACGGGACUUUUCUUACCACUACCCCUCCUGUGACCUCUAUUUUGUGGGGACAAGUUCUGAGGUGUUCCGACUGAAUCUGGAACAAGGACGCUUCCUCAGCUCACUUCAGACUGAUGCUGUAGAGAACAAUGUGUGUGACAUCAAUCCUGUCCAUCAGUUGUUUGCCACAGGAACCUCUGAGGGAAGGGUCGAAUGCUGGGACCCUCGUGUCCGGAGCAGAGUGGGCAUGCUGGACUGUGCCCUGAGCAGCCUCACUGAGGGAACAGAAGUUCAGGGUUUGCCCUCAAUUAGUGCACUGAAGUUUAAUGGCUCCCUCACCGUGGCAGUAGGCACCAGCACAGGACAGGUGCUGCUCUAUGACCUGCGUUCCAACCAACCACUCCUGGUGAAAGAUCACUUCUACAACCUGCCGAUCAAGUCACUCAACUUCCAUGACCAACUGGAUCUCGUUGUGUCUGCCGACUCCAAGAUUAUAAAAAUCUGGAACAAAGACAAUGGCAAGGUGUUCUCCUCCAUACAGCCUCAGACCAACAUCAAUGAUGUUUGUAUCUACCCCAAUUCAGGUAUGUUCUUCACUGCCAAUGAAGAUCCCAAGAUGAACACAUUCUACAUCCCGGCUUUGGGCCCUGCACCUCGGUGGUGCUCCUUCCUUGACAACCUGACAGAGGAGCUGGAGGAGAGCCCAGAGAGCACGGUGUAUGACGACUACAAGUUUGUCACCCGGAAGGACCUGGAAAAUCUUGGUUUGUCUCACCUGGUGGGAUCAUCUCUCCUGAGAGCCUACAUGCACGGCUUUUUCAUGGACAUCAGGCUUUAUCACAAGGUCAAAAGCAUGGCGAAUCCGUUUGCAUACGAGGAGUAUCGCAAGGAUAAGAUCCGCCAGAAGAUUGAAGAGUCCAGGACUCAAAGAGUGCAGGUUAAGAAUCUGCCCAAGGUGAACAAGGAUCUGGCCCUCAAGCUGAUGGAGGAGGGUGAUGAUGAAGCAGAGCUGGCCUCUCGGAAAAAGAAGGGCAAGGCUGUCCCCAGCAUCCUGGGAGACGACCGCUUCAAGGUGAUGUUUGAAAACCCAGACUACCAGGUGGACGAGCAGAGCGAGGAGUUCCGCCUCCUCAACCCUAUCGUCUCCAAGGUCGGGCAAAAGAGGAAGAAGAAGCUGCGUCUGCUGGCUCAGCAGGCUGCUGCUUCCCAACAGGCUGAUGAAGAUGAGGAGGAGCCCGAGGGGAGAGGCAGCUCUGAGGAGGAGAGCUCGGACGACGACAAGAGCUGGGUGGAGGAGGUGAGGGAGCAACGGAGGCUGCUGCGACAGGAGGACCGAGACCGGAGGCGGCAGGAGAGGAAGGAUGCAGACCGCGACACCGUCCUGCUGGAAAGGAAACAGAACGGAGGAGAGAAAACCUCAAGCAUGGCUGAAAGCAAGAAAACAAGUCAGCCUCAGUUUUAUCAAAUCAAAGCCGGGGAGGAGUUCAGAAGUUUUAACGACAUGGCCCGCAAGCAGAGAUUACAGAAGGCUUCUUUGGAGGACCGUCUGAAGUUAGAGGAGCACUCUGGAACCAGCAACAUGGAGGACACUGCAGUGGGCAGCAAACAGCUGACUUUCACCCUCAAAAAGUCGGAGCAGCAGAAGAAGCAGCAGCAGGCGGAACGGGAACACCACGAGGAGAGGAAGAAGCUGAGGCGCUCGGCCGGGCAUCUGAGCAGCGGCCGCGGGAGAGGCUGGGGCGGCGGCAGGGGAAGAGGAGGCGGCAGGGGACGAGGAGGAGGCAGAGGCCGGUACUGAUGGGGGUGGGGGGUUAGCCAUGUCCUCACUCUUUGUCCUGGAAGGUCAACAGAGGCAUUACUGGCACCGUCCUCAGCUCACGUCAGAGUUUUCUAGUGUCUUCCAUUAACUCAUCUCUGAACAGACCAGCCUGCCUCCUGCUCCUGGGUGGUCUGGGCCAUGUGUUUAGCUGCUCUCUGACAAUUCAGAGCAUAUUAAAAAAGAUUACCCAUGUCGCUGCCAUUAUCCAAAACUACAGUGACUGCUCUCAGUGGAGCCGACUUUUUCAGUUAAUGAAGGGGGGGGUAUGUGCGUGUAAAAAGUUUAGUAUUUCUUAAUGCUGUUUGUUAUUACUGUAUAUUGUUAAGCCAACACUUGUACUAUAUAUUAUAUUUGGUACAAUACUUGCUUGUCUCCAUUCUUUUUAUUCCUAAAAAUCAAAAUAUGCUAGAUCAUUUUCUACCGAGUGUCAAAAUGACUCAAUAUGUGCAAAUAGAGCAUGCUUCCUCUGCACAGCACUUCACUGCAUGCGUCAGAGGAAGGGAGGAGGACGGUGAAUGAGGAAAGUUUUUUUUUUUUCCUUUCCCCCGCUAACAACUGCAGUUCUUGGAAAUAGAAGGACUGCCUGGGUGUCCUUCCCAUCCCCCCAGCGUGCUGAUGGCAUGAACCCCCUCUGCUCCAGCACUGGGCCAUUUCAAAUGUGAGGGAGGUGCAUUUAAGCUCUCAGCAUGCCAACACUGGCCCCCAGGCUCAUUUGAACUCAUUUGAUGUCACCAUGCUUUUCCACCACGACCCAUCUGCCUACAAAAACCUGAGUUUUAUGGGCGCUAAUGUGCCAGACUGUUUCUUGAGCGGGACCUGUAACUUUCUGUUGUCUCUGCUUGUUAGCUCUUUUUUACCAUUUGGAUUUUAUACAGAUUACACAAAGAAUAUAUAAUGUUUUAAUUAGGGAGCUUUAGAGCUGCUGGUAGGCAAAUUUAUGUUUUGACAGAGCCAGGCAAGCUGCGUCCCCCUGUCUUCAUGCUAAGCCUAGCUGAAAGGCUGCUGGCUCCAGCUACAUACAGUAUUUACCAGUGCUAUCAAUCUUCUUAUCUAAUUCCUAACCACAACACCAAAAAGUGUGUUUCUCCAUAAAGGUCAAAGUAGGCUUUAAUUUUGUACAGGGCCUUUAUUGUCUGUUCACUUUCUACAGUAUACAGCUGAAUGGAUCAGGGUCGGGCUUUCACAUAUUUUAACAGAAAAUCAUUGGUACAACUCCUGUCAAGGAAGAACAGGAAGCUUUUUAUCCAGGUAUUUGUUGAGAGAUUACCAUCAGUUGAGAGUAGGUUACUGAGGCCAGACCACAAAGCCCCAGCCUAGUUCACUCCUUUGUGUUGGGGCACCAGUGACACUGUCUCAC